AUGAUGGUCAUCCACGGCAUGGCGUAUAGUGGACCAUACGUGAAGACCUCCUGGCCGGGAUAUCAGCCAUUCAGCUAUAGAACAACGGAAUCAUGGAGUCCGAUUCAGCCAGCAUGGCAGCAUAUGGAUCACAUCCUCAGGUAUCUGGGAAGAAACCAGCACAUUCUCAAGGCAGGUACGCCUCGCAUCGACCUUGCAAUGUACCAGUCAUCAAGCAGCUGGAGCCCUGGACAAAUCUCCGACUCUGAAAAUUUACAAGCACAAGGUUUUACAUACAAUUUCCUUGGUCCUGAGAAUCUGCAACUCCCCGAAGCGGUCGUUUCUGACGGACUUCUCGCUCCUAACGGACCCGGCUACAAGACUUUGAUAUUCCUCAACAACACCCAAAUUGACAACGAUGUGCUCUCCAAAGUGCGGGAGUUUAACCGCGUGGGGCUACCCAUCUUCUUUGUCGGUGAAGUCCAGGAACAACCGAUAUCAUCAAAGCCUAAUGAAACGUACAAUAGUGCCGACAUGGUGAAUGAAUUCAUCUCACGCGGGAAGAAUAUUCACCGUGUGAGCACGAAUGAUGACCUUCCGGCCGCUCUAGCAAGAGCCUAUCUUACACCACGCGUGCAAUUCACACCAAUGGACAGCUCCAUCCUCGGCGUCUACCGCACCGAGGCCAAAUCCAAAAUCGAUUACAUCUGGCUUUUGAACGACGGUAAUGCUACCGCAUCUUCCAUUGCCGAGUUCGAGGUUGACAGAGAGGUCCUACCCUUUUCUCUGGACGCAUGGACAGGGGAUGAACAGCCCAUAGCACAUUAUUCUUUCUCGGGCAAUCAGGUGGAGAUUCCUCUCAGUCUUCAGCCCCAUGAGACAACGAUCAUUGGCUUCAAACCCUUGAGAGGACUGAGACCCGCCUAUGUCACAAAAACCACAGGCCAAGUUGAAUCAGUCGGCUACACUGUCGACGGGAAGCUAUAUGCAAGCCUCAAGGGUUCGUCGACGGUGACGGUCAGCGGCAGGGAUGAACACGUUCUCAAGGCAACCGUACCGGAAUCGUCGUCAAUCAGCCUCUGGGAUCUGAAGAUCCAAAAUUGGAGGGGCAGUCCCAAUUACACCACAUCUAUCGAAACGCAGAUCACGGUCCACAAGUUCAGCAAUCAGUCCCUGGUGCCGUGGAAAGAGAUCUCAGCCGAUCUUGAGUCUUUUAGCGGCAUUGGUACAUACUCCGCCAGUUUCACGGUUCCCGACGUGGGGAACAUUGGUGCAUAUCUCUCAGUCGGCCCAAUUUCCAACACCCUCCGCGUUUGGGUCAAUGACCACCAGCUGAGCCCGUUCGGGGCCGACAAUGUCAAGGUGGAAAUCAGCAAUUAUACGCCGAAACAAAGUUAA